UCAUCCACUUUUUGCACAUGCGCUGCAAAAGCAUUUUCUUAUAUUUUAUUUUGUAAACUUGUGUAUCAAAACAUUAAAAUGACUUCAAGUGAAGAUAAAACGAUGGAAGAACAUUCUACUGAACGUAAAAGAAAAAUGGCUUCGCAACCAAGCUUUGACGAUGAAAUGGAUUUGGAUGGGUUUAGUGAACUUGACAAGCUUGAUCCUGUCGAUUCACAACAACAACAAUCAACACAACAAUCUUCCCUUCAGUCUUCUGCUCCAUCGUGUAGUUCUACUAGUAAUCCUGUUCAUAAUGGACCGAUGUUAAACGGUCUAACAACAGCAUCUCCUUCAAUUGGCCAUCCUUCCUCACAACCCCCACCUCAGCAACGACUAAAUAGUCAACAUGGACCAAAUUCAGUAGGUCAAGUCCCGCAGCAACAAAGUGCUGUGUUGGAACUUCUUUUAAACAACCAAUCUUCUAGUGCCUCUUCUAAUAUAAAUAAUAGUCCUAGGCAGCAGUCUUACUCAUCAGCUGGAAAUUACCCAAACAAAAGCCCAAUGCCUCCCUCAAUGUCUGCACCAAGUUCUCAAUCCUCAAAUAUAAGCAUGGCUCAGCAACGGCUUUCAGCAGCACAGCAACAAAUGCGCCAACCAAUGCCACCAGGGUUUGACCCAAAUAUUGGCGGUCAACCUUCAAGUUCAUUGCCUCCAGGAAGUUAUAUACAAGGACAACAAAUCAUGGCUGGUCCUCCUCCACCUCACAAUCAGCAACAAUUUUCUUCUUUUCCACAGCAUCCAAGACAAAACAUGUACGGGGCCAAUUCUGUUAGACUAGCUCAUGGUGGUGCCUUACCCCAACAAACUAUUAGACAAGGAUUUCCUCCGAAUAUGUCAGGGCCACAACAAAUUAUGAAAGACAUUGUUCGUCAACAAAAUCCUCAUCCAGGUGCUGUAAUGUCAAAUGCCCCAACCCCUCCAACUCAAGGAAGAGCAGGGACAAUGAUAUUGAAUCAAAAUAUGGUUGGUCAUAACUCUUUUGAUGGGGGGAAUCAUCAUCAACAACAAUUCCAACCUAUGCCUGGAGGAGGGCCACAUCAAAGAUUACCUCUGUCUGAAUCUAAUAAUGGAUAUAUUAUACAAGGAGGACAAAUGAUAAGUACAUCUUCACAUCAACAAAUGCCUUCUUUUAUGAAUGCUGGUCAACAACAAAUGGGGCCACAACAUAGAAUGCCUCAUCCACCCGGUUUUGGUUCUACUGGGCAUCAGAUAAUGUCUGGUCCUUGUGGUCCAGUAGAAUCAUCAGCAAUGAUGGGUGGUGGUCCUAUGCAACAACAAAUUAAUUCCGGUCCAAAUUCUCAACCUGUAAUGGUAAAUGGAAAUCAAGCAAUACAAGGAGGACCUAGACAUCCCGUCUCUUCUGUACCUUCAUCACAAUCUCAACAUGGAAUUAUUUCUCAAGUUCAAGGUGGAAUAAUGAUGAACGAUCCUGGCCAACAACAACCAAUGCGUAAUCAACCUGGUCCAAGUGGUGGUGGACUACCACCACAACACCUCCCACCACCAUCACAACAAUUGGUGGGUACUACACAGCCACAAGAUCCUGAAAAACGAAAAUUAAUUCAACAACAAUUAGUUCUUUUGUUGCAUGCACAUAAAUGUCAACAGCGAGAUAAGGUGGAGCCCCAAAAUCGUAGCCACUGCAAUCUUCCCUAUUGUAGUACAAUGAAAGGUGUUUUGGAGCACAUGGUAAAAUGUACAUAUGGGCGUCAAUGUCAAUUUGCUCAUUGUGCUUCUUCUCGCCAAAUAAUUUCUCAUUGGAAAAAUUGUACUAAAGAAGAUUGUCCUGUGUGUAAUCCUGUUAAAAGAUAUACACAUCAACAAGGUGCCGCUGGUGGUGAACAUAAACAAGGUUUUUUAAAAGAUUUCUUCUGUGAAAUUUUUGGAGACCUUUUGGUAUUUUUAUCGAAAUGA